AUGCGCGCCGCCUUCGCCGAGGCGCGAGCGGCUCUCGCCGAGGGAGAGGUGCCGGUUGGUUGCGUGCUCGUGCCGGUGGAUGCCUCAUGCGCUGCGAACGCCCAGCUCGCUGCCGACGACGACGACGACGAGAAUAAAAGCAAAGGCAGCAGCAACAGUAAUAAUAGUAAGAAGAAUGAUGCAGUGGAACGUUUAAUCGCAGCGCGUGGGCGCAACGCCACCAACAGGGAGCACCACGCUCUCGCCCACGCGGAGUUCGUUGCAGUGGAGGCGUUGCUGCGUGAGCUGGCGGCCAACGGGCAGCAGCGGCCCGCGAGUCUCGCUGGCUACGUGCUGUACGUCGUGGUGGAGCCGUGCAUCAUGUGCGCAGCGAUGCUCCUGUACAACCGUGUGCAGAAGGUGUUUUUUGGCUGCGGCAACCCGCGCUUUGGCGGCAACGGUACAGUACUUGCGGUACACACGGCGGCCGGCUGCAGCGCGCCUGGCUACGAGAGCAGCGGGGGCCACCGCGCCGACGAGGCCGUGGCGUUGCUGCAGGAGUUCUACCGCCAUGAGAACACCAACGCGCCAGGGCAUAAACGCCGGCGUAAGUGCGAGUGUCUGAAUAACUGA